CGAGACCCCGUCCUCCCUCCUUAUUUUUUUUUCUUUUUCUCCCCCCACCCCCCGCCUUUCCCGGUGCGGAUUUUGAGAGAGGAAAGCGGGACCCUGUCCUCCCUCCUUUUUUGCUUCUUCAGCCCUCUUUCCCGGUGCGGAUUUUGAGAGAGGAAAGCGGGACACCGUCCUCCCUUCCUUUUUUCUUUCCUCCCCCCCCCCCCCGCCCCCCUUGUCCCGGUGCGGAUUUUGAGAGGGGCAAGCCGGACACCGUCCUCCCUCUCUUUUCUCCCCUUUCUCUCCGUCGUUUUCCCGGUGCGGAUCUCGAGAGGGGCCAGCGGGCCAGUGUCCUCCGUCGUUUUUCUCCCCCACCCCCUCCUCCUGCCCUGUCCCCCCCCCGUCUCCGAGAGAGAUGCGCUGCUCUCUGCUGAGCGUCGUCCUGACCCUGGAUCUGGUGACGGCGGCGCUGAGCCUGUCUACCUGCAGCACCCUCGACAUGGAUCAGUUCAUGCGCAAGCGGAUCGAGGCCAUCCGGGGGCAGAUCCUCAGCAAACUGAAGCUGACCAGCCCCCCCGAAGACUACCCCGAGCCGGAGGAGGUCCCCCCGGAGGUGGUGUCCAUCUACAACAGCACCCGGGACUUGCUGCAGGAGAAAGCCAACCAGAGGGCGGCCGCUUGCGAGAGGGAGCGCAGCGACGAGGAAUAUUACGCCAAAGAGGUCUACAAAAUCGACAUGCUGCCCUAUUUCCCCUCCGAAAAACACGGCGGCAGAAUUAGGGAACGUUCUUCCGACAAUGUGCGUCUGUCUGGAUACAGCGCAAUGCGAUGUUGGAAGAAACGGUUGUGCGCAUGUUUGCAGUGUCAGAAGCGGGAUUCCAUCCCAGCCACCUUUUACAGACCCUACUUCCGGAUUGUCAGAUUCGACGUCUCGGCCAUGGAGAAGAACGCCUCCAACCUGGUAAAGGCCGAGUUCCGGGUCUUCCGUUUGCAGAAUCCCAAGGCCCGGGUGUCUGAACAACGAAUAGAACUCUAUCAGAUUCUCAAGUCCAAAGAUUUAACUUCACCGACCCAGCGCUACAUUGAUAGCAAGGUUGUUAAAACACGUGCCGAAGGGGAAUGGCUCUCUUUCGAUGUCACCGACGCCGUGCAUGAAUGGCUACACCAUAAAGACAGGAACCUGGGAUUUAAGAUCAGUUUACACUGUCCCUGCUGCACCUUUGUACCAUCCAACAAUUACAUCAUCCCAAAUAAAAGUGAAGAACUAGAAGCAAGAUUUGCAGGUAUUGAUGGCUCCUUCACAUAUUCCAGUGGUGAUCUGAAAACUUUAAAGUCCGCUAGGAAAAAAAACAGUGGGAAGAGCCCACAUCUCCUGCUAAUGUUGUUACCCUCCUACAGACUUGAGUCGCAACAAUCCAGCCGGCGGAAGAAACGGGCUCUAGAUGCUGCCUAUUGCUUUAGAAAUGUUCAGGAUAAUUGCUGCCUGCGUCCACUUUACAUAGAUUUCAAGAGGGAUCUUGGUUGGAAAUGGAUCCAUGAACCUAAGGGCUAUAACGCCAAUUUCUGUGCAGGCGCCUGCCCGUAUCUAUGGAGUUCUGAUACUCAGCACAGCAGAGUACUCAGCUUAUAUAAUACCAUAAACCCAGAAGCUUCUGCAUCUCCUUGCUGUGUCUCCCAGGAUUUGGAACCCCUCACCAUCCUAUAUUACAUCGGCAAAACACCUAAAAUUGAACAGCUGUCCAAUAUGAUCGUAAAGUCUUGCAAAUGCAGCUAAAAAUCCCAGAAGUGGCACCAUAACGAUGAUAAUGUGCAUACCAAGAAAAGAGAGAGCCAAGUUUCAUCAGUGUUAAAACAAAUUUUUUUUUGAAAAAGCGGUACUAAGUGUGAACUGUUUGGAAGUUUGUUUUUCUGUCAAAACUGGCAUCCGAAGCCAAACGUCGAAGGUCUGAUCUUACAUUUCAUCCGCUCUGUUAGUGAGAUAGACAAGAAGCAAAACCUUUUUUUAAAAAAAAAAUAAACACUGGAAGAAUUUGUUAGUGUUAAUUAUGUGAAAGGAAAAAAACAGGAAAAUCCCAUUAAGUGGAGUUGCUGUAUGUACCUGACCCGUUGCCUCACUUGAUUUCUCUGUAUUGCUAUGCAAUAGUCUCCCUACCCAUACCUUUUAGUUGUAGAGUAACAGUGCAUUAUUUAUUUGUGUGUAACUAUACAAUGAAUAUUUCAUUGCCUUUGGGAAAGCAAAAAUAAAGGUGGACAAAGUGGAGACCAAAUCAACUGCCAGAAACGCGUAGAUGACUUAGGGAACUUGAACUCUAAAAGCAUCGUGCUAGUGAGAUGAAAUUAGAAGUCAGCUAUUACAUGACUAAAACAAUCUGCCUUGAGAAAACAACUUACUUUUUAAUGCCAGCUAUGUGAGGAGGCUUCUUGUAAGGUUUGGAAUCCUGAAAAGCUUACUAAUAAAGGAAUUGUUUCAGUCUGAAAGACAAGUCUUUAAGAUUUUUUUUUUUACUGUAAAUGGAUAAAAUGUCAGUUUAGUAAAACAGUGAAAUAUUUUGACAUGUACUGGUCUAAUCUUCAGACCUUAAUGUGUUGCUGUAUAGCUAUGCUAUGGGGAUUUCUUUUUUUUUUUUUUUGUGGGUUGGGGGGGAUAUAUAAAACAUACCUAUAGUAUUACAAUAGGUGGGUAGUAAAGCCAGCUUAAUUGGAAACAUAUCUGUAGAUCUCUAUUGUAAACUAUUAAAAAAACUGAAGUACUUUAUGUGUAAUGUGUAAAUUUUCACCAUAUUUUUGUAUUCUGUAAUACUGUCUACUUGGAUAAAUUUAAAUUUGAAUUUGGGGCUCUUUUUUUUCAGUCACACAGAAAGAACAAUGUGUUUCCCCGUAGCUGGCCAGUAGAAGUAGAGUCCCUAUAAUGUACUUUGACUUGCACUACAAAUACAUGUUUUAUACUAUUUGCUAUACAUGUGCUUUGUAUGUUGUUCAUCAUUAUGACAUAAGCUACCUGACUCCACUUGUCUUUUUUUUUUUCUUUUACAAAAAACGAGAGAUUCAGAUUCCCUAGUUUUCCUGCUUCUUCCCUGAUAAAGCUGGAAAUCGCUAAGCGGUUUGAAUUUCCAGUCUGAUUUUCUGGGGAAGAAGGAGUGCUAUGGACCAAUAGGUGGUCAAGACAACAUUUUUUUCGUUUGUUUGUUUGCUUUAAAAGAGGACUUUCGGAUCUGACUACAGCUAAGAACAUUUGUGGCUGGAUUUAGCAGGUUUCUUUAACUUAGUUUAAUUAACUUUGAUUAACUUGGUUUAAUCAGCAAUUCCACCAAUUCCACUUUUUUUUCCUUUUUCCCUUUUCUAAGGAGCCAAAGGCUCCUAGAAAGCAUCUUUGGCUUUAAUCAGAUUUUGAGUAUUCAGGGGAAAAUUUCAUUUGCAUUGUAUGUUGAAAAGGAAAAAAAACCAACAAAAAAACUCCAGCUCCAAAACCUAGACCAUGGUAGGGAUGACCAGUUCAGUUUAUCUCUCUGCAGUGACUUACUAGCAUUACUCUUCAAAUUCUCCAAGGGGAAAAGACCCAGCUCUUUACGACCGAUAAGCGAGCUACGUUUCAUCCUCUCAGUCUCUUGCACAACUGUUCCUCAAGGAAGGCCGCUUGCAAGGUCUGAGCCUACAGUUUUAUCUGCUAGAAAGGAUGAAUGAGCUCCCCUUUGUGCUGAGGUGUUUCGGACUCAUCGGCAUGUGGAAGAGGUCAGUGGCCACAGACUGCCGAGGCCAUUUAUUCCCUACCGGUGGCCAAAGCGAAAAUUUCGAUAAGCGGGAGGGGGAGAGACAAGGUAGGAUGAGGUGGGAAGCGCUUCUUUGUGUCUUUCGCUUUUCAAAGCUUGACCUCGUCCAGACGUUUAAUGCAAAAAACAGGUUCUGAAGCCCGAAAGUUCGAGAUGCAAGGACGUAGGAUGCCUGUGGUGGAACUAUACUUGAUAUGUGCUGGUUGCAGCACUGGGUCUGGGUUUGUGGUUAUUUUGUGUAUUUUUUUUUUCAUUUUUCUUGGAAAUCUGUGUAUAGUGCUUCUAUUUCCAUAGGGACUUUCCCACCAUAGGAUGAAGUUGUGUUUGUUCUGUUUUGUUUUUUCCUCAUGAAUGCACUGAUAAUAUUUUAAAUGCUCUAUUUUAAAUCUCAUGAAUCUUUUCAGUUGGGGAUCCCAUUAGACGUUUAUUUUCCUUUAGCGAAUAUGACAUGGGGAAGGGGGUGGCGGGGGAAAAGUAUUAACACUUGGGUGGAUUAGGACAGCAUUUUGCGGUGUUAAGCAGCAAUACUAUGAUAUGGACAGCAUGGUUUAAAAAUGGAACGUAAGAACAGCUGUUUUGUAUUUUAGUGACCGAUUACUCUGUAUUUUAACACGAUGUAUGUCUGUUUUUGUGGUGCUCUAGUGGUAAAUAAAUUAUUUCAAUUAUA